UUAAAUAAUGUGCGCCAUUAUCUCAAGCGAACUGUAUAAGAUAUUGUGUGCCACCCUGUGCUCUCACGGUGAUUUAGCCGCAGUUUUGGACUUUAAAAGCGACUUUAAAGGGUCACAUAAAAUGCAACACCACAACCACCGUCCACUUUCACCAGUACCCUUGUUUAAUUGGGCUUCUUUUCCACUGAACGGUACACUAUGGCACGGAACGAAGUACCAGUGCUAAAUCUGGUUACCGAGUGUACUGAAGUGGGAUGUAUGGGAAGACCACCUUAAAAUCUUUCUGCUACCUUACAAACAUAAUUCAGAUGUUUUGCUUGAUGCCCCACUGUGAAGGUUGAAAUAAUCAUGCUGGUCGUCUUAAUCGCAACAGUCAUCUUGCACUUUUUGGAUCUGAUCCUUCUCCUCAUUUCUACAUCUGUCAAUGCAUGGAGAACACAUCGGGAACACAGUUAUGACCUUUGGUAUGACUGCAGAUCAUCUAAUGAAGGACAUUCAUGUAUAAAUGCCAAUAAUGCAGACUGGCUCCAGGCAGUACAGGCUCUGAUGGUCCUUGCUACAAUCUUCUGCCUGCUCUCUUUGAUCUUCUUCGUGUGGCAGCUCUUUACCCUGACUAAAGGAGGUCGAUUUUUCAUUACCGCCAUCUUUCAGAUCCUCUCAAGUCUCUUUGUGGUAAGUGGAGCCAUCAUCUACACAGUAAUGAGUCCAGCGUCGGAGAGUAGCGACUCGUAUGGGUAUGCUUUUGUGCUAGCCUGGUUGGCAUUCCCUCUCACCCUGAUAAGCGGCCUCAUUUACAUCGUUCUGAGAAAGAAGGAAUAAUUAGCUGAGGAAUCUCCCAUGCCAUCAAUGAGAAUGUCACUCAGCUCACAGACUCAAUGUGCCUUUUUUUACCAGCCUGUUUAAUUCCAAACAUCAAGGAAAAGUGACGAGUCAUGAAGAUCCAACGCAAUGACAAAUCGAUAAGGAUUAUAUGUUCUACUGUUUGUGGCUUGUGAUCCUAUUUAUAUCACUUUUACCUGGCUUUUGUAAAUAUGAAUGUUUAACAAUUGUUGAUGAAGGCCCCACAUUUAAAGCUGACCACAAUAAUGAGAAUAGAUAGACAAUCUUUUGUACUUUAGUGUUUUACUCCAUAUAAAUUUUUUAUAUCUAUAGAAGGAAUUUUUAAAAGUUAAGUCUUUUAAAAAAUACAUCAUUGUACUUAACCUUGUGUGAUAAACCAAAAAGAGUUUUGUUGUAUAGUAAUGUUUUUGAGAUGUUUUCAAUGGUGCUAUCUUUUUUGCCUUCACUAAACCUAAUAGCUAGACAUACAUGUUGGCUCAAUGUGUGAAGUUGAGCUAAAUGAAAUUACAUUGUAUACUGUAUCUGUGCCAAAUAUCAGUUUGCUAAUCAUUGGUUCUGUAUUACUUUGUAAUAAGAUAAAAUAUUAAAUAUCUAUUUUUCU